GACUCGCGGAAUCCGAUGGUAAUCAGUCUAUACCGCGGUCGGUGAUGCGUCUGCGUGUAAACAACGGCAACGUGUACUGCACUCGAACACCGUAUAGUCACCAUAUCGAUAAUACGCAGCCGCAUAAAAUUAAAUCAUAUUUCGUCUUCCGCGUACGGCGUGCAAACAGCGGCUGAUUGGCGACCAUGUUCCCGGCCGGCGUGUUGACGGCGAGACGCACCGCCGUCGCCGCGGCCACACCGCGUUGCAGGAUCCUCGUGGCCGGCGUCCGUCAUCGGUCCACCGACGACCGGAAAUGCGUGGUCGGGUCUACGCGCCGUCCGCUGGCGCCCAGACCGAGGCGGUCGUUCGUGCACCUCAGCUGCGGCCCCUGCAAAGCCACCGACUUCUCCGCAACCGCCGGCUAUAGUACCCGCGCCGACAAAAAAAUCGUACCGUUCGUGUUGGCCGACAUCGGAGAGGGCAUCAGCGAGGUGACCGUCAAGGAGUGGUACGUGAACGUGGGUGAUGUGGUAUCCGAAUUCGACGAUGUGUGUGAGGUGGAGAGCGACAAGGCGACCGUGACCAUAACUAGUCGGUACUCGGGCACCGUGACCAAGCUACACUACGAGACGGGCGCCAUGGCCCGGGUGGGCAGCGCCCUGGUGGACAUCGAGGUGAACGAGGACGGCGAGACGGCGGCCGCAGAGCAAGUGGCGACGGGAGGGGAAGUAGUUGCAGAUGGGGAGAAAGUCAUCGCCGAGUCUUCUGGUGAGCCCGCGGCCGGGGACACCGCCGGAGCAGGCGUAUCAGCACAGGUGCUGACCACUCCCGCGGUGCGCAGGAUCGCCGCCGAAAAGGGCAUCGAUCUGACCGCGGUCCGAGGUACCGGCAAAGACGGUCGGGUGCUCAAAGAGGACCUACUCGGGCUCGCCGACCAGUGGUCAGCCCCCACCCCCGACCCUGUCAAAGCAGCAGUCAGCAGCCGGCCGCCGCCGCCGCCGCCGCUGCAGGAUUUCGUGCCGCUCACCGGUUACGCAAAGACCAUGCGGAACACGAUGGAGGCGUCCAACAAGAUACCGACGUUGGUCAUCACGGACGAGGUAAACCUAACGCGGUUGAUGGAACUGAAGGCACAGCUAGCACCACACAUCAAGCUGACGCUAUUGCCGUUCCUCUUGAAGGCCACCUCACUGGCGUUGGCCCGGCACCCGCGUAUCAACAGCACCGCCAGCCCCGAUUUCACUUCGUAUAGGCCCAACGGGACCCACAACAUCGGCGUAGCCAUCGACACGCCUCUCGGGCUGGCCGUACCCAACGUCAAGGACGUGCAAACGCUAUCCGUGGUCGACGUGGCCCGCCGACUGGCCGAACUCAGGGCCAAGGCCGCGGCUGGCAAGCUGGCGCCAGCCGACGUUACGGGCGGCACGUUCACGCUGUCCAACAUGGGCUCGAUCGCAGGCUCCGCGUUCCAGCCGAUGAUCCUGCCGCCCGAGGUGGCCAUCGGCGCGUUGGGCCGGAUCAACUACCGGGCACGGUACGACGACCAAAAUCAACUGGUCCGAACGCCCGUCAUGGGUGUGUCCUGGGGGGCUGACCACCGGAUCCUGGACGGCGCCGCGGUGGCCAAGUUCUUCAAGGACUGGAAGACGUACGUGGAGAAUCCGUCGCUUGUGAUGGCCGACGUUCAGCUGGAGUCUGACACUUCGUCGUAGACGUAAUAAUUAACGAUGUUAUCUCGGCCACUGUUAUAUUUUUUUUGUAAUAUUAUAAUACUUUGAUUUCUAUUGUGUUUUUUAUAAUAAAUAAAUUACUAUAUAAUGUGUAAUAAACCAAGACCGGAUCUUCACGCACUUUAAA